AAACCAACAUAUGAAUAAACCUGUCAACAUAGAGAUUAAAUCAAAACCCUAGUUCCCUUCUCCAUUCUUCAGCCGACCUCCCCUGCUCCUCCACCUCCAGCCGCUGCCACGCCGCCCUCCACCCCUCCCGCCGAUCUGAAACCUUCCACAGCCGAGCACCUCCGCCGAGCACCUCUACUCCAAAACCCUAGCUCCUUCACACAGCCGCCGCUGAUUAUUCCCUCCACACAGCCAGUUUAUUCCACUCCACAUAAAAUCGCUGAUUAUUCAGCAGCUUGUAGAAGUUAAAAAACAAACAGUCUUCUUCUUGCAGACCGCAGAGGUUUGGUCCACCUCUUCAGUAGAGCACAAGACUAGGGGUGACUUUCCAUCUCCUCCCCCCUUGAUCCCCUUCGACCUCCAUCUUCUUCUCCGUUCAUCUUCACCCCUCCGAUCAAACCCUAACUCACACACCGACAGAAUGCUCUCUCGUGUACUCUCUAAACCCUCAACUCUCCGUCUCAUAACCCAAAUUUCAUCCUCUCAUUCUCACUACAAACACCCCAAUCCUCCACUCAUCCAAAACCCUACCUCCUUCUCCACUUUAUUCUCACUCAACACCUGCUAUUUCUCCACCAAUCAUGGAAACAACAACAACCACAAAAACGGUGUCAAAACCUCCGAUUCCUGGAACAUUUCGACGGACGGAGAAGACAUCGAGAGGUCUUUUUUCAGUAUCGAGUCAAAGGAGAACGAUGAUGUUCUUGGAGUGACAGAGAGUGAGGGCAGAGUGGAAGGGUUUAAUGAGUGGAAAAUUGUAGGUGGAGAUGAGAAAGAUGGAUAUGAGAUUUUUGAUAGUGGAGAUGCAGCGCUUUCAGAAUUGGCUGGGCUUGAUGGAAACCUACACAUGUUAGAUGAAAAAGCAGAAACUUUGAAGAAAGAAGAAGAUAGAAAGUUGGAGAUUGAGGAGAAAGAUCUGUUAGAGGUGCUCAAAGGUGGAGAUCAUGCAUUUGGGGAUUUAAUUAGUGCAUCCGGUAUCACAGAUGAGAUGCUAGACAGUUUGAUGGCACUAAAGGACCUAGAUGGAGUUCCUGGAUUGCCCCCACUGAACAUGAUUGAAGAUAUGCGUUAUGAAAAGAACACACACAAGUUAACUAGGGCUGACAUUGAGAGACAGAAACAAGAGGAAAUAGCCAAAUCACGGGUUAGGCAAGUUGAUAGUCAGGGUAGGGCGUAUGGCACCGGGAAAAGGAAAUGUAGUAUCGCACGUGUUUGGAUUGAACCCGGUGAGGGUAAAUUUGUCAUUAAUGACAAACAGUUUGAUGUCUAUUUCCCAAUGCUUGAUCAACGGGCUGCACUUCUUCGCCCUCUAUCUGAGACUAAAACAUUGGGCCUUCUUGACGUUAAUUGUACUGUUAAAGGAGGUGGUAUUUCAGGUCAAAUUGGUGCAAUUCGUCUUGGUAUGAGCAGGGCCUUGCAAAACUGGGCUCCAGAUCAGUUCCGUCCUCCGUUGAAAGAAGCUGGUUUUUUGACAAGAGACUCAAGAAUUGUGGAAAGGAAGAAACCUGGUAAGGCGAAAGCAAGAAAGAGCUACCAAUGGGUCAAGCGUUAACCAACCAGAUACUUUGUUGUUUCACGUCGACACUUCUUAUUUCAUACCAUCAUCUUUUUGGACUUGGAAAAGUUUUGUUUGUUUUUUUGAGGUAAUUCUGGCAUUAAAACAAAACUGAUAUAGUAGUUACUGGAUUUUUGUAGUUACAUUGCAAUUCGCAUUCAAACACAAUAAUAAUUAAUCUGUUGUGGAGUAUUUUAGACU